UCCCAGCACACACAGCGUAUUCCUUCAGUCGAAUUGUAGAUUUCAGUGACUGCGGUAAACUAGCAAGGUAAUCGAUCAUCCCAUCGCAUAGUAGUCCCAUCGCGAAACGGAGCAAACGUGUGACAUGUGAUAUAGGGUUGCGUUGUUUUGCCGAUGGGCAGGUGUAAUGAAAUGAAAUAAAGAGAGAAAGAGAGGGAGAGAGGGGGAGAGAGAUAGUGUGAUAUUAAAAAUCAUCCAACAACCAAUCAACAACAUCCAACAACUUCGCGCGGAUUGCUAUCACAGCGCGACGACUAUCAACCACGACCCACGACCACCACCACCACCACUACCGAGAAAACCACCCACCUACCCACCUACCUACAUACGCCAACUAAAAAAAAAGAAAAGAAAAAAAAAGAAUUAAAAAAAGUAGCAAGAGGAGGAAGAGCAGAGCAGGUUGCGGGACGGUCCAUACAAUCAACAAACACACACGACGUCACCUGCACCGCUGACCCGGUCGCCCGGAGGAAUAUACCCGUCCGACCGUGCCCCGGGGGAGCGGGGUUGAGACACGCGGGAGCAGGAGUAGGACGGACAGGACGAGCAGGAGUUGCGGCAGAGGAUACACGAGUCCUGGUGUGUGUGUGUGUGCGUCCGUGUCCCCCCAUCGGUUGUAGAUGCGUCCGCGUCGUGCGUGGGUGAAGGGGUGCGCGAGACAGCAGCAGUGGGGAGCGGAGCCAACAGGUGGGGUGCGGUUGGCGGUGUGCUAAUGAUGCUGACCAAGUGCUGACCAACGAGCGUGUUGUGUACUAUGUUUGGUGUGAUUCGUAAAUUUUAAGUUAAUCUUUCGGUCUCCAUUUUUUCUCCGUUUCUGUUCCGGUGGCCCACCCACUCCCUCCUCCCCCCACCCCCCGAAAACGACCACCGGUCGGUGUGGGUAUGUGCGUGUUGUUUUUGCAAACGAAAAAAAAAUCCAUAUAUCAAAUAAAAUAAUUAAUCGUACCGUGCGACCCCCGGGGGUGACUGACUCUUCUGUGUGUGUGUGUAUGUGCGCGCGCGCGGCACGGCCAGAUAGCAGCAGAUGCCGUAGCUCUAGAGUGUGUCCAAACGUGACGCAGUAGAUUCGCCACCAUCCAAAACCCUCCAGAGACACCCACACCCGCACACACACAAAACUCAGCGUUACCAAAAUGAGCAAAGAGGAGAGCGCCUCGGACCAGCAUGUGCGGUCGGCGGAGGUGACGGAGAUGUUCAGCCUGUUCUGUAGCGCGACCAGCCAGCGACAGAUACUCGGGCUGUACUGGAGCAUGUGCGACAAGAUCGGCAUCCGCCCGGGGCCGUUCACCGAGUUCUACCCGAAGCUCCGGUCGAUGAUCAGCUGCUGGAAGGCGGAGAGCCUGUGGAAGAAGCUGGACAACCGCGCCUCGCAGCGGGUGUACAACGGGGGGAAGGCGGCCGCCAAGACCCGCGUCCUCAUCAUCGGUGCCGGACCGUGCGGCUUGCGGUCGGCCAUCGAAGCUCAGCUGCUCGGUGCCAAAGUGGUCGUGUUGGAGAAGCGCGACCGGAUCAGCCGCAACAACGUGCUGCACCUGUGGCCGUUCGUCAUCCACGAUCUGAAGAUGCUGGGCGCGAAGAUGUUCUACGGCAAGUUCUGCGCCGGCUCGAUCGAUCACAUCUCCAUCCGGCAGCUGCAGUGCAUCCUGCUGAAGGUGGCGCUGCUGCUCGGCGUCGAGGUGCACGAGGGUGUGUCGUUCGUGAAGGAGAUCGAGCCGGCGGACGGGUACGGGUGGCGCGCGGCCGUCCAACCGGAGGAGCACGCCGCCUCGCACUACGAGUUCGACGUGCUGAUCGGCGCGAACGGCAAGCGCAACACGAUCGCCGGCUUCCAGCACCAGGAGAUGCGCGGCAAGCUGGCCAUCGCCAUCACGGUCAACUUCGUCAACAAGAAGACGGAGGCGGAGGUGAAGGCGCAGGAGAUCAGCGGCGUGUCGUUCGUCUUCAACCAGGCGUUCUUCAAGGAGCUGUACGAGCGCACCGGCGUCGAUCUCGAGAACAUCGUCUACUACAAGGACGACACGCACUACUUCGUCAUGACCGCCAAAAAGCACAGCCUGCUGGAGAAGGAGGUGAUCAAGCAGGACUUCGCCAACCCGGCCGAGCUGCUCGCCCAGUCGAACGUCAACAAGGAGAUGCUGUACGAGUACGCGAAGGAUGCGGCCUACUUCGCCACGAAGUACCGCAUACCGCGGCUCGAGUUCGCCGUCAACCACUACGGCCAGCCGGACGUCUCCAUGUUCGACUUUACGUCGAUGUACAACGCGCAGUACUCGUGCCGGGUGGUGGUGCGCAAGAACUAUCGCCUGCUGACGUGCCUGGUCGGCGACAGCCUGAUCGAGCCGUUCUGGCCGACCGGGUCGGGGUGCGCGUUCGGCUUCCUCUCGAGCAUGGACGCCGCGUACGCGAUCAAGAUGUUCGCCAACCCGAGCAACAGCCUGCUGGCGACGAUCGCACUGCGCGAGUCGGUGUUCCGCCUGCUGCCGCAGGUCACGCCCGAGCACAUGAACAACCGAUUCAGCUCGUACACGAUCGAUCCGUCCACGCGCUACCGCAACCUGAACAAGCUGGCCGUCGGGGCCGAGCAGGUGCGCCACCUGCUCGACACCGACGAUCCGGCCCUGCUGCAGCAGACGUCGUUCGACGCGAACGCCCUGGUGGCGAACACCACGCCGGAGGUGCCGGCCAAGCGUAAGCGCCGCACGAUCGAAUCGAAGUCGCUCGCCGCCACGAUACUGCACUGGGUGAAGACACAGCUGAAGGACGCACCGUUCGUCCACGAGCUCACCGAACCGGCGCACUGCUUCACCAACGGCAAGGUGCUCUGCACGCUCAUCAACCGCUACCGUCCGGAUCUGGUCAAUCUCGACAUGCUGGAAGACUACGGUGCCGACGUUUGCAACGAGCAUGCGUUCAUGAUCUUCGAGGACCACCUCGGCAUACCGCGUGCCCUUUCCGGACCGGAAUCGGUGACGCUGGCGGGCGUGGAGCAGAAGCUGUGGCUCGGCUACCUGGAGCAGAUAUGCGACGUGUUCCGGGGUGAGAUACCGCACGUCAAGCACCUCAAGCUGGACUACGCCGAGUUUAAGAAGCAGCAACAACAGCAGCAGACGUCGACGGCACAGUCCUGGGCGAACCUGGGGCUGGUGGCGAAAAAGCGGGCCGCAGCGAUGGCGGCCGAGGGUGGCGGUGGCGGAGGCGAGCUCGCUGGUGACGAUGCCGCCAACGAGCAGCUCGACACGGUGGCGGCCUCCGGUGCCGGGCGCAACUUCAACUACUACCACCCGAACGCGGAGGAGGAGCGAUACAAGCGGACGCGCGGUUCGGUCGCCUCGCCGCAGAACGAGCCGGUCAAGCGGGCGAAGAAGCGCCGCAGCUACGAUAAGUCCGCAACCAUCGAGGAGCGCACCCGUCGGCUGCAGGAUAUCGAGGCGAACCGGCUCGAUCGGCAGGCGAAGCGGCGCCUAGCGCGCGCCCAGCAGACGCAAAACUUCUACAAGAGCAUGCACAUGCAGCAGGCUAACACUUUGCUGCGGGAAAGUGAUAGCUCUAGCGCGUUCGAAGAUUACUCGCUGUAUCUGUACCGGCAGUCGGCGCCGGUGUUCAACGAUCGUGUGCGCGAGCUCGAGCUCAAGUUGCGCUAUCCUGAUCGCGAGCGGGACCUGGCGGCCGCCUAUCCGCGCGGGCUCACCGACGGUGUCGAUCAGUUCAGCGAUCGCAUCAAGUCGAUGGAGCGGCGCAUCGGCGGCAAGGCGACACCGGUGGCGGAGAAGAAGCCGAAGGAUCUGCUGCGUGCGAUCGGCAAGAUCGACAGCAGCGACUGGAACGUCAAGGAGAUCGAGCGCAAGAUCGAGCUGUCGAAGAAGGCGACCGACAUCGGCAAGAGCCGGGAGCGGGUGCCCAACUGGAACCGGGAGCAGUUUCUGGCGCGCCAGAAUCGGCUCACGCAGCCGCAGGACGAGGAGCGCUACCGGGAGAUCGACAGCUCGCUGAAGGCCAUCGAUAAGCAGCUGAAGGAAGGCCACAACCUCGAUCUGGGCGAGCGGGGCAAGAACAAGGUGGCCCAGCUCGCCGGCCAGCUCCAAAGCCACAAGCAGAAGCAGCAAAGCCAGCAGCAACAGCAGCAGCAGCAACAACAGCAGCAGCAGCAGCAACAACAGCAAAAAUCGAAUCCCAAAGCACUGCUGCUGUCGGCGAGCGGCGUCGCGGAGAAGUGUCACUUCUGCAAGCAGCGCGUCUACCUGAUGGAGAAAAUAUCGGCCGAGGGGCUGACGCUGCACCGGUCGUGCCUGAAGUGCCACCACUGCCACACCAACCUGCGCCUCGGGGCGUACGCGUUCGAUCGGGACGCCCCGGAGGGUCGGUUCUACUGCACGCCGCACUUCAAGCUGCCCUCGAAGACGGUCAAACCGGCCGUACGCAAAUCGACGCAGCGCCAGCGCGCCUCCGGUGGUCCGCUGGUUGGUCGGGUGCUGGAAACCGGAGGCGUUGCCGGCCGCACCACCGCCGCCCUGGUGGACGGUGCGGUCCGUUCGAUGCUCGCCGACAACGAUGCGUCGAUGGUCGACUACCACGAGCGGGACGCUCAGACGCCCGAGCGGGUCUCGGACGACGAGGCGAACAUGGAGGUGAUCGACGAGAACGAGUGGACCGAUCGCAACUUCGGCACCGAGUCGGACGAGUCCGAGGAGGAGCUGUCCAGCUCGGACGAGUCGGACACGGACAGUGAAUCCGACUACGAGGAGACGGCCGAUUCGCCGCUCGGCGUGCAAACGCUGCAGCUCGCCGCCGAAUGGAUCAGCGACAAGCGCUUCUCCAACAUGGUCGACAGUGAUGCCGACUUCUACAGCUACUCCAGUGAAGAUGACGACGAGGUUGAGUCGCAAACGGAGGGCGAGGAGUUGGCUCGCGCCCGCGAAAUGCGCCGCCAGGAGGUCAACCUGCUGCCGCUUCCGCUGCUGCCGACCGAUACGGAAACCGAGGGUGCGUCCGACUCGGAGGUGAACUCGACGGAAAUUUCGACCGACUCGGAGUUCGACGACGAGGAGCCGCUGCGUGUGCCGCCAACGUUCCACCUGGAGUUCAAGCCGCUGGUCGAGGUGGAUCCGACGAUCAAGCUGGUGCAGGCGGGUCGGGCCCCGCUGGCCGUACCGCGCCCGGGCGACUACGGGCUCAGCAAAACGGCCAGCACCGAGGGUAUCGCGUCGAAGAAGAGCCUCGAGCUGAAGAAGAAGUAUCUGCUCGGCGAGGGUACGGGCGGGCUCGGUGUGCUCAAGUCCGGCUCGGCGUCGGCCCUGGACUCGAAGUUCAAAAGCUUCCACUCCAACAUCACCGAGUGCCAGAAGUUGCUGAAUCCGGCGGCGGCGGCGCCGGCGUCGUCUGCCAUUCCGGCGGUACUGAAACCGGCCCUCGGUUCGCCGGUUGGCGGCGGGUUGGCUGAGGCCGAGGAGCAGCAGCAGCAGCAGCAACUGCCAUCCGCCACCCACGAGAAGAUGCACGUCGACACCGAACAAGAGAACCAGUGCCCGGCCGGUCAGCCGGCAGCGAACGGGAACGCGCCUGCCAAGCGCCUUUCGCUGGUGGAAACCAUCAACUCGACGCUGGUCGAGAACAAGCUGAACGAGGCCAAAUUAAACGGACCGUUCCAAACCAGUGCCGUCGCCAAAGAACACGAAGCGAGCGGUAAGCCGCCCCCGGUUGCUUCGCCGCGUCACUCAAACAGGGCGAAACAGACGAACGUGCCGGACGAGCACGCCGGCGAACGUUCACCUGGCUUGAACAACAACAAUAACAAUAACAUCAACAACAACUUCAACAACAACGAGGACGUGGACAUGCAGAUCAUCGAUCUCGUGACGCCGGAGAAAACGAAAGCGGGCGAGGGUAACGCGGCCGAGCUGGCCGCGGCCGGGAAUGCCGGUCGGGAGCAGCAGCAGCAGCAGCAGCAGCAGGGGCACGAGCUGAAGUACAUCUCGAACCUCAAGCACGCGUACCUCGAUCUCACCGCCCACGACUCACCCAACUGCGAUCGGUCGCUGGUGGAGACGACACUCGAUUUCAGCAUCGCGCCCGGGGCGCCCGUCAACGGGGAACAGUCCGGUGGCACGAGAAAGACACCUCCGGACAUCGUACGCAUCGACAGCAACGAGAACAAGAUCGACGGCUCGAGCCCGGCCGCCGUCGUGAACGGUACCCGGCCCAACCGGGAGGGAUGCCACGAGACGACGCUGGAGGUACCGACCGUGCCUUGGGCGACGAAGGAAGAAGAGGAGGAGGAGGAAGAGGAGGAAGAGGAGGACGAGAGAGGCAUCGAGUCGGACAGCAUAUCGGAGUCGGGCAGCAACCGGAACGGGGGCAGCACCGGCAGCAGCAACAGUACGUCGAGCGUCGAGGACAUACCGCACUUCAUCCUCGACUCGACCACCAGCCCGGAGACGCAGAACGACGAGCGGUUUGUGCCGCGGCUGGAGGUGCGCGACGCCACCGGCGAGCUGAUGCAGAUCGACAGCCUGAUGAUCAUCGACGGGCGGUACAUCGGCGAUCCGGAGGAUCUGAAGCUGAUGGAACAGCUGCCGCCGGACACGCAGAUCGCGGCGCAGCUGCUGCAGGAGGAGAUGAACCAGGACAGCAUCAACACGGUGGUGGAAUGCAGCGAGCCGGUGCCACCGCCUCCGUGCGACACCGACGACGUCAAGGAGGUGAACGGCCAGCCAAAGCAACCGAUGGAUGAUGAAGAUGGUGAUGAGCGAAUGGCGGAACCGGACGAGGACCGCGCCAAAACACCGACGCCACCGGCGAUCGAGCCGAGCGUCGCCGCCGCCGCCGAGCGCAUCUCGCCGCUGUCGUCGGACUUUGUCACCAAGCGGAAUCCGCGCUUCUCGAAGUUCGACACGAAGAACGAGAACAAAAUCGACACCCUGCGCAAUCUGCCGUUCGUGCUGGACGCGCCGGCACCGGCGCCACAGAAACCAAAGUAUCUCAACCUGGUGGCGCACCACAAACCGGCGGCCGACGCCGACACGGACAACGAGCGUACACCGAUGGCGAGCGAGCCGCAGUCGCAGCCGCCGGUGGCUCCCGUCAUGUCGCACGCGCUCGCACGGCCAGGGGCGAAGGGGGUGGUCGAUGGGGACGGCGACUCCGACUCGCAGGACGACACGGAGCUGACGACGCAGAACAACCUGACCGAAACGGAGCUCUCGGACUGGGCGGCCGAUGACGCGGUGUCGGAGAACUUCGUCGACAUCGAGUUCGCACUGAACGCGAACAAUCGCACGAUGCGGCGCAAUCAGCGACUGCGGCAGGCUCGGCUGCUCCAGCAGCAGCAGCAGAAGCGGCUGGUGAAUGGUGGGGGGAUCGCGGCCCGUGCACCGGAUGGUGGUGCCGCCACCGAAGAUGGCAUCAUCCGCAACCUCGCGCUGGAGGAUAUCGAGUUCAUGGACACCGGCUCGGAGGAGGAGAGCUGCGUCGAGACGUACUCGACCACCAACCGGAUGAUGCUGCGCAACCGGGGCUACGUGGAGAUCAUGGAUCCGCGGGUGGAAUCGCAGCGCACGCUGUACCAGCCGCCGCCACCAACGCUGCCCGCGGUGGCGCACCUCGGUUACGGCGCGAACGUUGCCGCCGCCAGCCUGCAGCAGCCGCUGCAGGUGGUCGAGGCCAUCAACAAGCAGAUUGCCGGCCGGGUGGACUACAUCGAGCAGGGCUCGUAUCUGCUCGGCCCGGACGACACCAAAACGCCGAUGAACGAGGAGCCACCGGCGAAGAUCACCUUCUCAGCGCUCGUCGGCCAGAGUCAGAAGGCGACCGGGGACGUCACCUGGGGCGCCGCCGGUCGUGCCCCGCCCGCCAUGAACGACAUCGAAGAGGACAGCCUGGUGCUGGCGGUGUCCAUGCUGGAGGCGGGCGCUUCGGCCAGCACCAAGUCGGCGGCCGCGGAGGAAAGCGAACCCCUGACGAUGGUGAGCGCCGUGCCGGACAGUAGCGUCAGCUCGGAGGUGAGCAUUGUAGCGCGCGCGGGUGGUGGUGGUGGUGUGGAGGCGGGCAGCAGUUGCGCCGGCAGCCUCACGUCGUUCAGCUCGACGUUCACCGAGUCGAAGCGAGCGCCGGCGCUGCCGGACUACAGCAAGCUGAUGCUACCGGUGCGCAAGGUGUUGGUCGACUCGCUGCCGGUCCGGCGCACCAGCUUCGACCGGAAGGAGGGUCGCCGGGACUCGUUCAAGCGCGUCGAGGACGUCGGCUACGAGGAGUACGUCAAGCGGCUGCAGCACAAGAUCCAGCAGAUCAGCAACGCGCGCAACUCGCUCGAUGUGAAGAAGUACAAACGGAAGACGUCGAAGGGUGAGCUCGGGACGGCGACGAUGGACGACGAUUCGCUCGGUCCGGAUGGCGGUGAGGAGCUGGCAGACACACUGCCCAACACGGCGCUGGAGGACAGUCCCACCAGCAGCAACGGCACGACGGUGCUCCCAGCCGCUGGCUGCGGUGGUGGUGGCCCUGGCCCCGACGACGGCUGGACCGGCGGUUACGGUCAGCCGGCCACCGCCGCCGAGCCGCCGAAGAGUGUGGAGAAAAAGAUGGAAGAGAUUGCGAUGGAGCGCGUCAAGCAGAAGGACAUCAUCCACGAUCUGGUGAUGGACAAGCUGCAGACGAAGAAGCAGCUGAACGCCGAGAAGCGGCUCAAUCGCAGCCGGAACCGCAACAAUGCGCUGCUCGUUGGCGCGUCGCCAGCCAACGCACCGCCGACCGUGGCCGCUGCCGAGCGUAGCCUCAGUGCCCAGCGAGCGGACACACCGAUGGAAGUGCAGCAGGUGCACAACGCCUACGCCGGUGCGAUGUUCCGCCCCGCCGGUACGGAGGCGUCGACCAUUGAUACAGCGGCCGGCGGGGGUGCCGAACCUUCCCUUGUUGCUUCCAGCCAUUUCGGCGUCGAGCCACAGCUCGUUACGCCCCGUCCGCAGGCGAUGGCGUCGGGCACCGACUCCGAUGCGCUGCUGCUCACGACCGACCAGCUGCGCGAGGAAGCGCGCUCCCGGGCGCGGCUGAAAUCGAACCAAGACCUGGGCCUGUCGCCCGAGGAUCGGCUGCUCUUGCUGCGCAAAAAGUACCACAUCAAUCUGCGCGGCCUAACGGACGACGACGACGACGGGCUGAACCAAUCCGACGAUGUCAAGAGCAAGGAGCAGCAUCACCAUCAUCAUCGGAGCAAGCUGAUCAGCUCGAAGAGCGUCAACGAUGUGUCACUGCUGAAGCACCAGCCGCACCACCACCACCACCACCACCAUCAUCACCAUCAGCAUCCGGCCGAUCCGCAGACCCCGUCGCCCGGCGGUGCACCUCCCCUCUCGUCCGGCGCCUCUUCGCUGAAGAAGCUGACCGACUGCGUGUCCGAUCCGAAUCUUUGCGUACACAGCACGGCGGCGCCGGCAUGGACGCCCACCGACGAGGCCGGUUCCCCACCGGGGGUGGCCGCCGCCGCCGCCGCCGCCGGGGCCGACGAGGCCCCGCUGCGCACCCGCAACAAGCGGAAGGAUCGCGAGCGGCGCAAGAGCAUCAUCGAGAAGGUGUCGGAGUUUUUCAACGGACGCAAGAAAGCGGCGGCGGCGGCGGCGGCGGAGAACGGUGCACAAACCGGUGGCGGUGGUGGCGGUGGCAAGGACGUGUCGCCGAAGCAGCCGAAUGACGCCGCGAACGGGGUCACUCCAACCGGCGGCUCGUCCAACUCCGGCGCGGGAGGCUUUCUUCGGUUCAAAAUUUCACCAAAGCUUAAGGAUAAAUCAAAGUCGUGCUUUGAUCUGAGGAGCAUUAAUUGUGGCGAAAAGGAAGGCCCGCUGUACGGCCGGUGCGCCUCGGAAGACUGCCUGAACAGCAACGCCUCGAACGGGUCGCCAUCGGCUGGGAGUGCGGCUGCGAAUACGGCCGCCCACCACAACAGCUACAAACCGAUCGGGCGCAAGGAGGCGGAGGAGCUGGAACCGCCACCGAUUCCGCCGCUGCCGCUGAACUACGAGCGAUCCGAUGACGAGUACGGUGCUUCGAACGAACCGAACAACGAAUCGAAGAAAAUGCGUGCAAUGUCGAAAACAUCACGACAAGCGGAAUUAAAAAGACUGAGAAUUGCUCAAGAAAUACAACGAGAACAGGAACAAAUCGAGGUACAGAUCAACGAUCUUGAAGCGCGUGGCGUGGAGAUCGAAAAGGAGCUACGCGGCGAGAGUGAAACUCUCAAGCAGUACAGCGUCGCCAACCUCGGUGCUAACGACGACGGGCUGGUGAAGGAGUGGUUGGAAAUCAUGAGCAGCAUCACCCGGCUGAAGGUGCGCGACGACGAGCUCAACAUACGGCAGCAGGAGCUGCAGCUCGAGCAUCGCCACGCGCAACUGAAGGAAGAGCUCAACAGGCGGUUAUCGUUUGGCAAGCUAGACAAGAACUCUUCCGACGUUGCUGCGGAGGGCGCCAUUCUCAACGAGAUGCUGGAAAUUGUGGCCAAACGGCAGACGCUGAGACCGCCGCUCGAUGCGGCGGCAUCGGCGACUACCUCGUCGACAUCGUCGAGCGUCGGCGUGCUGCCCCACGCGCGCGUUACGAAGGACACCGGUAUAUAAAUACCACAACGGAGACGCAAGACCCCCUUCAUAUACAAUAGUGUACACGCAGGAAUUGCAGCCGAACCUCACAUCGCAGCCUGCCCGAUGGGCAACACCGGAUGCUCCUUCCUCUGUUCCGGGGAGGAUACACCAGGAUACAGUUUGAUUUCCCUCCCUCACCCCGGACAACCCGGCACGCGGCCGCGUCAACAUACCGACCCAGCUACGUUUCACGACCCCGGUUGGUGCUGCGUAGUAGCGGGUUGAAGCGAAGAAGUUUAGUUUAAGUAUUUAAAAACGCAAAGUGUAUAGAUUUAUGUACCUACGUAUGUUUCAAGUGAUAGCUUCCACCGGGACCAGUGGGAGCAAGCGAAAAAUCAAUUAUUUUUACCACAAACUCUGGUAAAGCAGCAACCGUGCAGGGAUUCGAAUUCGAGCUAUAACACAGCGACAGCAGCAGCAGGCAGCAUUGACUAACGAUUAACGAUGGCAAGCGGUGAGGAUGGCGUUGCGAGCCGAACGAAGCAGGUUGGGCAGGCCAAAACCCCGGGAACCGCCGGGGACACAGUGAGCACAGCUAUGGACAGUUGAACAAAUAAUCGUGUGAUCGAACGGGGCGGACCGGUUCCCACAAGCCGGGGACCGGACCCGCACUCUGACUAGCGUCAUAACUAAAAAAAAAAACCGUAGGAUAUAUAGUAGAGAAUGUUUUUAAGGUAUCGGAAGCGUUGGAAAAGGGAUUUA